CUGAUCAGUAUUAUUAUAUGUAUUUCAAACGCCCAGCUAACCUGCCUCCAAACUUUUUGUUCUCCCUAUGCUGUGAAUAUGGUGCGUGUCAGCCUGGACGACCCCCUCGCAUCUGCCUUGUCACCACCUUCCAACGAAACGCCUGAGCAAAGAGCGGCCAGAGAACAUGCAGAGGCUGAAGCCCGCAGGACCAGCGACGCCAUCGACGAGCAAAUCCGCCAGGAGAGGAUCGCCCUCAAGAAGAAAAAGAAACCCAUCAAGGUUCUUCUACUGGGUCAGAGCGAGAGUGGAAAAUCAGCUACUCUAAAGAACUUCCAGCUCCAGUACGCAAGAGACCAGUGGUUGGAAGAGCGUCUGGCAUGGCGAGCUGUCAUCUACCUCAACCUCGUCAGAAAUGUCUUGCAGGUCCUUGACAUUCUACAGCAAGCCAUGUCCCUGACGAGUAGGGACAAAUGCUUAUCCCCUUCCCUUACAACUGCCGACGCCUCGGACUCUGAAGGAGAACACCGGUCUCACACCACGGUCUACAAGUUCACUGACAAACACCGUCUACUAAAACUCCGCCUUGCUCCCUUGCGAACUGUCCUAGUCGACCUUGAAAAACGUUUGGGUCCAGGUUCACAAGAGGUUUACGCACUCUCUCUUCCACCGUCCGAUCCGCCAGAGAGGAAUGUGCGAACUCGCGAGUUUGGUGUUAGCUCCAGCAACGGUUGGAGAUCCAUCCUGGACAAACUGCGCUCGUCCCGCGAAGCCAGCAGUCGCCCCAACUCAAAGCGAAGAGAAGCUGGUCAUGACGAAAUCACUGAUGUCCUCGUAGGCUGCAGAGACGACAUGAAAAGCCUAUUGGAGGAUUCGGUCAUAAAGCAGAUCCUCAGCCACAGGAGAUCCAGGAUCGAGGAUUCAUCUGGCUUUUUCCUGGAUGACGUUGAUCGCAUCGCAUCACCGGAUUAUGAGCCGGCCGACGACGACAUUGUCCGGGCACGUCUUCGGACCGUAGGCGUUCAAGAACACAGGUUUAACAUGGAACUAGGUCAGUCUUUGACUUCGUCUACAGAUCGACCGCCCCUAGAUGCCGAAGUAGAUCGUGGAAGAGAAUGGGUCAUGUAUGACUUCGGGGGCACUAAAUCUUCGCGUGCGCUGUGGGCAGCGUUCUUCGAUGACGUGGACGCCAUCAUCUUCCUCGCCCCAAUCUCGUGUUUCAACGAGACCCUGCGGGAAGAUCGCGAGGUAAACCGUCUAGAGGAUAGUCUACAACUUUGGCGCACCGUAUGCUCGUCUCCCAUCCUUUCCAAAACGCAGAUUAUCCUCUUCCUUAAUAAAUGCGACAUCCUGCAUAACAAGAUGAAGCGCGGUAUCUCUGUAAGGGAUUAUGUUCCCAGCUUCGCCGACCGGAAAAACGAUACGAUUACGGUGAUGAAAUAUUUCCAGCAACAUUUCAAGGAUAUAUUCAAAUCCUGUUCACCAGAACCGCGACCAUUCUUUGUCCAUUUUACAUCAGUAAUUGACACUAAAGCAACUGCAAAGACGCUGACCGUUGUACGGGAGUGUGUUCUUAGACAGCACCUGCAAAAUGCCAGCCUCAUUUUGUAGCGACAGAAUAUUUUCUCAUUGUUGACAUUAUGCACAUAUACACGGUCUUACCAUAGUUCUCCAGAUUACGGGGGUGUUUAUAAAUCACGAAUUACCCGGUACAUUACUCUCAAACUGCAGCAUGUAAUGUCUAUUUAAUAAAUUGAUGAAUCGUUGGGCGAUCAUGAAAUAAGUGAAGG